GGUCGAUGUAAUAGGGAGAAACCGCCUUGCAAAUAUUUCCACCCGCCACAACAUCUCAAGGACCAGUUGUUGAUAAAUGGAAGAAAUCACCUAGCUCUCAAGAACGCUCUAAUGCAACAAAUGGGUCUUACACCUGGUCAGGCUUUAGUUCCUGGGCAAGUGCAAGCAGUGGAGGUGGAUUCGCCAAUAGACAGCCUACCCUUGACCUUCUUCCCCCACCUGUCCAUGACAAUUGAAGAGCAGUACGCACUUAUGGUGUGCCGUGAAUACCAGCGCGGAGCGUGCAAGCGAGCAGAGUCAGAAUGUCGCUUUGCGCAUCCCGCUGACUCUGUGACUGCCAACGAGGACGGUACUGUCACUGUCUGCAUGGAUGCAGUCAAGGGCCGCUGCAACCGCGACCCCUGCCGCUAUUUCCACCCCCCUCUGCACCUCCAAGCCCAAAUCAAGGCCGCACAGUCGCGGGCUAGCGCGCCCGCUGCCGUUUCGCCAUUGCUGGCCCCCCAGGCUACCACCGCAGCCGCCGCCCUUGAGAUAGGCAAGAAGAGACCCCGCGAGCCUAGCACCGCCGACACAGAUCUAUUACUGAUGGAUAUGAAAUCUGUUGGAUCAUUCUACUACGACAAUUUUGCCUUUCCAGCGGGAAUGGUACCCUAUAAACGAACAGCCGCCGAUAAAUCUGGUGUUCCGGUUUACCAGCCGAACGCAACUACCUACCAGCAACUAAUGCAGCUGCAGCAGCCUUUCGUACCCGUGUCAUGUGAGUAUUCCACCUCCCCUGCUCCCCCAUCCUCUUCUUGCGCUUCGCCCACAGUUUCCGAGGCUUCUCAGCCCAUUGUCACUACUCAGAUAUCCCAGCAGUCCCAACAACUAUCACAACAACCCAAAGAUGAGACUUUUUCCGGCAUAACGAGCACAGCUUCUCUGUCUUCUUUGCCGCCGCCCCAACCGCAAAUUCCCGAUCCUGCCACGCUUGCUAAAGAGGUUGCCCAGCAAAACUAUGCCAAGGCCGUCAAACUUGCUGCCGUUAAUCAGUCUCUUGCCGCUUCACAGUUCAGCCACCUGAAUCCUCUGAACUAUACGGGAGUUGCUUUAAACAAACAGGCACUCGCGGCAAUGCCACAAACUGCGGCCGCUUUUCCUCGAUAUCCCACAUUGCCGUUUCAAUUCAAUGCUGCUGCUCUCAAUUUGGGGCUUGCCAACCCUUAUCAAGCAAUUGCACAACAGAAUUUACUCAAUCUGAGCCGACCGCCACCAGUACAGUUCAAUCCGUACUCCAUAAUGAGACAGCCACAAUAUGCCACUGCUACCGCGGCUGGCGCUUCUUCCCUUUACGGCAAUAAUCUACUGAGCGCACAGUAUCCAGUUACUGUUUCUGCAGCGCCUAUAACCAAUAGCACUGCUGCACAGGCUAGUAUCGCUGUUGCUGCUGCACAAAAUAACAACAAUAACGUUACUUUACAGCCGUAUAAAAAACUGAAGACAAACUAAAGAGUAUACUGAUUAAUAUAUUUUGUAUUGUUUAAAAUUUUGUUGGUUUGUGUAAUAUUUUAUAAAUGAACGUUUUACGAUAAACGUCCUUAAAUAUUCGCUAUAUUUAUACGGUUAGUGUUUUAAAAUAAAAAUGUUGAUUGAUACAUUUUUUCGAAAUGAAGUUGUAUUUAUAUUUUGGAUGUUGGUGUUUUUGUACUAUCGGAUUUGUGUAAUAAAAUUUGUAUUUGUCAUUUAUCAAAAGAAAUUUUCUAGUCAAAAAACUUUUGGUUCAUUUUAAAAAUUGAUAAAACUGGGCAAUGCUCUAAGCUAUCCCGGACCAAGCGAGUGCCUCAAUACUGUGAUACCUCUCACACACCCUCUAACUGCACCGCUACAAUUAACAUCCUUUUUCCCAUUCCCCAUUAUUUACCAUUAUAAUUUCAUUUGACGAUGAAUGUUGAUUCACCCCUUCCAUUAAUUUUUUUUCCUACAAGCUUGUUUUUUUUAUUUUGAUUCAUUUUGAGGCUAUGAAUAAUCAUAAUGAGAAAUUGUGUCGUGUCGUGUUUAUUGAAGAUAAACUAUUCAUUUCCAUUCCUUGGUCGAAUAAUGAAAUGGAAGUGGUAAAUCAAUUUUCAACGUCACAUGUUACUAGUUACUACAUUUUACGGUGGAUAAGUCUAGAACAAUGUAUUUUGCAAUCUUUAAACAAAAAAGAUCUUUAUAUUCAGACAUUAUUGUUGCAUGAAAAAUUUUCAUAUACUUGAAAUUUGAAAGCCUAAUUGAGUAGCAUGGUAGUUUUAUGCGUUGUAUUUGUUAGAAAGUGCCAUCUCAGAGUAGUAUGUUAACUGACCCAAAAAGACGCCAGGUUUGUACAUACCUACCUAACAUAAAGAAGAAAACCAAAUAUUUUUUCAAAAUAUAAAGUUUAUUGAGCGAUUAUAUAAUAAUUCUGUUUGGUAAAUCUACAAAAGUUUAGUUUUCUACUUACGUACAUCAUAUUCUACUAGCAAUGAUUUUUGGUAGCUGUUACAAAAAAUGAGGAUGUAGGAUAUCUGGCAAUCGAUUCAGAAUAAAAUUAGUAUGUUUUUUUUAAAUGUUUGUCAAUUUUAUAUUUGAACAUCAUUUCCUUUUUUUAAUAGAAAAAAUUAACUUCUUACUCUUAAUAAUAAUGUAUACAACAUUUAUAUAUUUACUGCCCUCAGAAUUAUAUUACACCUCUUCAAAACGACACAAUUACAAUAAGGUCACCACUAGAUACAAUGUUGCCUAUUCCCUAACAUUUGCAAAAGUAUAAUGCACUAGUCGCUGGUUUCUAGUCAAAUAAAACCAUCCUCAAUUCAUUGAAAUAUGAAGAGAGUAAUAAUUUUUUAUUGUAUUUAAAAAAAAUCAGUUUUUAAAUAAAUGUGGAUAUACAAUUUUUGGAAAGGGAAAUUUAGUUAAACUUAACAACACUGAUAUCAAAUUAUCUAUCAUUAUAGAUUUAUUAUAUUCUCAACUGUAACUGUUGAAGAUAAAGUAUGACCCUAGGAUAUCGUAGAAAUCUAAAUGUUUUUGACAAUAUCUACUAAACCAAGUUGAAAAUCCUCUAAAUCAAAUAUUAAUACUUGAUUAGUUCCUCCCUACUUUCAUGUAUUAUUUAUAUCUAACUUAUUUCACGUCAUGAUUAAUAAUUCCAAAUUUGAUUUCUCUAAUUUCAUAAUAUGUACAGGCUUUGAUUAUCAGGAACAACUUGAUGAUCUAUGUUUUGUGUAUUAGUUCCAAAAGUGCAUGGGGCUUAUUGAAUACUUGUUUUGCAUGUCAGUUCCAAAUGAUUAUUCUUGGUAUUCUUUUUGGGUUGGAUUGUGUCUCAGUCAAACAUGUACGUAGGUACAUAUGUUUACGUAUGGUACAUUUUUGUAUACUUUAUAAAACUUUGUUCCUUGAAAUAUAUCUAAUUCCUGUAUCCUUUUGGACAUGCAGAAGCCUCAAAGGCAGAUGUUAUUUUGAUCUUCCUGGGUUUGAUCUCGAAGCACAAAUGUAGUUAUGUUCUGCGUGUCAUUUCUUUUUGUUCAUUAUAGCUAUCUUGUAUGUAGAGCAAAUAUUUAGACGUUUUAUAGUGCAAUCUUAGUAGAUUUCCCCAAGCUAUUCUAAUAAAUUCCUUUAGUUGCUAAAUUUAAGUAAAAAAUGCAUAUUCUUUAGAAUAUUUAUAAGUUUAUAUAUUUUGGGUUCUGACGAAAAGUGAGAUAAUUGAAAUGGAUUUCUACUAAUUCUCUUCGUAAAAUAACAACGAAGGUUUCACACAUUUUGUGUAGAAUUUCAGAACUAAAUAUUUGUCCUGUGUUCAAGGUCAAAAAUGUAUCUUUCUAUUGUAAGAUAUAGGAAUAGAUAUAGAUCUAGUAUUGUGAUGUAUUAUUAUGGAUAGUUAUAACUAUAUAAACUUUCUGAAAAGAUGUGUCUUACUAUAUGUAGCAUUUGAAAAUCACCUGUACUUUUCAAAAAGGUACGCAUAUUAUUGUGAUGCAUGUAUAUUUAAUCUUAGUAUACAUUUACUUCAACUAGUAAUACAUAGGUUAUGUAAAGAAUUUGCAUUUUUAAGUAGGAUUACUAUGUAACAGACAGGCUGAAAAAUCAGUUUCACUGGGAUGCACAGCUCACGUUCAACUUCUCAGAGGUCUUUUUAGAAACGCUGUCUCCAAUACUAUUUUGGAAUAGUAUUGUAUUAUGAGAUUCCAUAAGUUUAUCCAACUUGUCUAAGUUUCUACUUUGUAAAAUUUAUUGAGAUCGAAGUUUAACGUACAAGCGACGCGGCGUCCUAAUCUGCUAUAGUAGUUUUGGUUAAAAGCCUAAGUUGCCCAGUUCAAGCAGGGUUAUACUGCUUAGCACUGGAGCGGCUGUGCGUAAUCAGCUGCCAGCCAACUUGAUCAUGUCUUACAAUAACGUAGUGCCUUUCAGGCUGCUGAUCACGCUUUGCUGAGGUGUGGGUCACGUUCGCCAUUUUAGUGUUGAAAAUUCUUUUUUCCAAAAAUUAUAUGAUUUAUUGUGUACUGUACUGUUCUAAUCCAGAGGUGUAUGUAUUAUCACCGCUACUAUUUGUAAUAAUAAUGCUUGAAAAUGCAUGAUAUUUGUUUUAUUAAUCAUUGCUUAUUAUUUUGAUUAUUUUUCCAAAAUACCCUACAUUUUUUGUUAUGAUACCCAUCCCGUCACGUGCCUUUUGGCUUAUUUUUACCAUCAAAUAAGAUGACUGUACAGGCUGUAUUCUUCCCCUUCUGCUUGCCCCACCAUUUUAUUUACUGUGUUUUGUAUGUUGACAGUUAGCUCAAAACAUCAUUGCUUAUCAUAACUAACACCUACUGCUUGAAAAACCCACCAUUAACACAAAGAAUCAGCUGAAUUCACUGAAAUCAGUUUCUAUCUAGAUAAUGUUCAAUUCAUCAAAUGUCUGUCGGGACGAGAAAAUAAACUGAGAAUGAACCCAUGUUUUUUUAAAAAAGAAUAACUUUCUUACUGAAUAAAUUGAUAUAACAUUCAUUGAGACAAGGGUGAAGUCGAAUGGUAAAUGUAAUCAUUAUCUUCGUGUUAGUGGUGUAAAUGAAUAAGAAAGUAAGUUUUCUCAAUGGAAACACAAAAUAAAAUGGCAGGCAAGUGAUCCUUUUACCUCCUGUACACAUGACGGUUUUAGACGAUAUUAGCUUGGUGUAUUUGAAAGAGAUUUCCGGCAAAGUUUACCUAUGCUUGUGUAAUGUGCUAAGAAGCUAAGAGAUCAAACGUUUUAUGGUGUUUUACUCAUCUAGUGUCCCCUUCCCUCUUUGUGCACCUUUCUACUAUAAAAUGCACAUUGCACAAAGCUAUUAAAAUUGAGAAAAUUUCGAAGAGCUUUGGACAAAUAUUGACUAACAAGUGAUGAAGGAACGUGUUCGAAAAAGAUCUAUCGUAGUGUUUAGCAAUGAGUGAGACUAUUAGAGGCUUUGUACAUUUCGAAUGUUUUCUACAUUUUCUCAUUUGCUAAAAACCUUUGUAGCUUUGUAGUAAGUAAAAAUGUAAUAUGUAGGUAAUUGGAAUCAUAUAUUUUUAUAAGAGUGUUAACAUUUCUCAUGGAAUUAUUUAUUAUUAUUAUUGUUUACGACGCCAUAUUUAAUAUGUUAUGUUUGCAGAAUCCAGCCGCAUAGACUAAUUGUAGCAUCGCAGAUUUGUUCUACACGUAACAGCUUCUUGAACCAUACUUUAAUUUUUUAGUAUACCUCUGCUUCUUUGCUUAAAACCUAUUUAUUUGUAAGUAACCUUUUUAUUUAGCACUUCUUGAUUUAUCCUUUUCCAUAUUUGACUGAAAUGAGACUUCCUCAAAGCAAAAAUAAAAUUAUUUUACAUAUGGAGCAUUGAAACUUGAUUCCAGUCAUUCCAUUCAUUUUAUUGAAAACUAAACAACAUAGCGAUAAUAAGAAGUUGGCGCAAUGUUUAUCUCAGCGGGAGGUUAUGGGUUGAACUCUGGAAUGUUUGACAGUAGUUCAAAUAGUCGUGCUACUUCAAAUGUGGUCCAUAAAGUUAGUAACAAGUUAUACACAAAACACGAGGCUAAUAUGACCAUAUUUUUUAUAACAAAAAUUCAAUGCUCAAAUGAUAUAUUGGAUACAAUUGUUGGUUAUGAUUUCAACUUUACAUGAAACUAUAAUUUGUAAUCAUAUCCUUAUAUUCAUCUGAAUUAUCAAUGUGCAAUAAAUUUCACUGGAAAAUAAUUCCAGUGAAAUGAACUCAAUCUAAAAUUUUUAUAACUAUCCUAAACAAUUUUUUCAACUUAUGGUGUUUAAUUUUUUAAACCUAAUUUUCUUUUUUUUGCUUUUUUUCAUGCAUACAAUCCUAUGGUUUCCACUUCAAACCAUCUUCUGUUCUGUUGCAUCAAAAAUGAAUCCCUUUAAACUUUAUUUUGCAACCAAUUUCUGAACGCUGAUGUGGACUGUGUUAUUGUUCUUUUUAUCGUCGCUGCCAUGGUUCUUUGGGAACUCGCCCACCAACACCCAUAUAACACUGAAAACACAAAACGCAAUACUUAUAUACUAUAUUUAACAUGUGUGUGUCUUGUUAAAACCAACCACUACAUUAUGAUGAAUUACAUAACCUUUAAUAUAACACGCCGCCUAACUAUUCACAUACUCGGUGUCUGGUGGGUAUAAACGUAAUGGCUGUAACGUUCUGUUGUCGCAUUGCUCAUUUUUGGCUGCGAUGACGCUUUGUGCUGCACAAUACUGCAUGACGCCCUAGACAAUGGUGCGCCUUCCAACGCCCCCUUUGUGAUCUACACUGACGAACAAGGACAGUUACUGGACACCCUCCCGGUGUGCCAAGAUUUUAAUCAUGGUCUUUGUAACCGGCCUGCCUGCAAAUUUGUUCACCUACAGGAAGGAGAUGGGGUGGAAAUAGUGGAACAGCGAGUGGCCGUAUGCCGUGAUGCUGCCAAGGGGCAGUGCUGUCGGUCCGCCUGUAAAUACUACCACAUCCCUAUAGCGCUGCCGCCUGCACCAGUCAUGGCCGCCCUGGCCUCUUACCUGCAGCAGUAACAACGACGAAUCGAUAUUCCUUAUUUAUCACAAUGUUUGUAAAGAAACUUUUUAUUACCAAUAUUAUAUAUCUACAAAGUCAUGUAAUGACAAAAAAUAUUUUUUGUGUUAUAAUGUUUCGUUUUUUGUUUGAAAAAUAUAGGAUAAGUCAGAAAAAAUCAAGAAAAUUAUAUAUGACUGAGUGAGCGAAUGAUAUUUGGUACCUAUUUCAUAAUUCUGUUUUUCUCUGUUGGACAUCUUUCUAUACCGGGCUGACUGUCUGUACAUUAGUUUUCAGGAAUUAGAUCAAAUUUUUUAUUGGAUUAGUACAGAAAUAAUUCAUUUCAAUUCGUCAGAGAAUUAAAUAAAAAUGCAACUACUUGUUGGCAUUUUUAUUCCUUCAAUUUUUAUCUAAAUUUUUGUUGAGGAACACAAGUCCAAAGUUUUUUUAUUCGAAAUAGCUAAUUUUCCAAAAUGAGGCCAGUGUUAAAAUAUAAUAUACUCUUCAUUAUUGCAUGGUUUUUUAGGUUAAAAAUCAUUCAUGAUUGAAAAAUCUAAUUUCCAUUUGUACAUUCUGCGAUUCCUCUCUGUGACUUUAUCAAUAAGUAAAUCCGUGCGCACUCGCGAAUAAAAAAAUGUUUUAUGAUUUUGUGUUGAAUAAGCUAUCAAUUAUUGUCGAACGGGGAGAUAUGCAGAUAAUCCUUGUUUAUUCCAAUGUGAUGAUCGUCACUGUGUUAUUAAGUAAUCUUUGUUUAACUUUUUGUAUAUUUGCUGUGAUUUAUAAUGGUGUUGGAUGAUGAUAUACAUAUUCUAAAAUAUUAACAAUUAAUAUUAAUAAUCCUGCUGAUGUCAUUGAAUCAAAAUCCGUCGUUUAUAAUUCAUAAUAUUCCUAUAGAACUGAUAGACAUGGAAACGAACUAGAUAUACUUUAGAAAACUUUCAAGUGGAAUUUCGAUCAUGAGAAAUGUUAAAACAACGAAAUACGCUAGAUUUAUCAAGUUUGUUUCUUUGAUAAAAUUUUUGAAUCCGAUUUGCAAAAUUUUUGUAUUGAAGUCACUAAAAGUUAUUUCGAUUCUUCUGACGGUUUUUGACGAUUUAAAUGUCUUAAGGACAUCAGUUAUUGAAGAAACUCCUCUGCCUAUAUGGUUUUUUCAAAGGAGUAACGACAUCCAAACCAUGGGCUAAUGGUAAGAUUGGUCUAGUCAAAAAUAGUUGUGUGAUUCUGAUGAUUAACUCGAUAUCUCCCAAUCAAGUGCCACUAAGAAAAACAAAUGAUCAACUAAUAAAAAAUGAACAAAUGUUCCUUGGAAAAACAUUCAAUACAUAACAAAUGUCAUAUAGAAAUGGUCUGGUAUUAAAGGGCAAGAUGGCGUACCGAUUGUGAGAUCGGGUAGUCUGAAUUCGAAACUCUUGAGCUAGUUUGACAGAAAUGUUUUUUUGUAAAACUCUCCACUACCUGUAAAAUUGAAAAAAAAAUGUUCACUUAUAUUUUUCUAAUAUUAUUAAUCAGUUCUGUCAAGUUGCCUCACUGUUUUCUAAAUUGUAUGUGUGAUGAUACACUGUUAUGAUAAUGUUGUAAAUAGAACUUAGGUUGUAAUGAAAAAACUCGCAUAAAGAGUUUCUUUAUUCGUCUAAUUGAUAGGGUUUGAAAAUUAAUAGAUGUAACAAAUAACUUUAAAACAACUUGUUGAUAUUGUAACUUAUAAUCAUUGGCCCGAACGAUUCAAAUGACUUUGAUGAAUGAUUUACUCCAUAUUUGAAGUUUUGGGUCAUUUCAAAAAUAUUAAAGUGGAGAGUUUGGACCAAUUGCUUCAAAGUCUUUCCCUUUAAUACCAAGAUAGAGUGAGAGCUUCCACAAUCAAGAGCACGGGUCUCUGCUUUGCUUAUUGUGCAUUUGCAUUGGUUGCUAGAUUAGCUCUUUUGUUGGGUUGUGCAGAGUGUGCUCCCUUGCAAUUUCUUCUGAUAUUGUGUCUUUUACAGAAUGCAUAGUGAAUACCACGUUGGGAAAAUUUGUAGUUUUUCAUACACUCGAGAUCUUAUAUAUCAGCUUUAACAUAAAUAAAAAAAUUCCUAACAUUUAUACGUAAUAUUUCAAAUGUUAAAGAAAUAUUUGAAAUAUUUAGUUACUGUUAAACGGUUGUUGCUAUCAAACUCAUACAUUCACGAAUAUGUAUUGGUCUCAGAAUUAUUACUCACUUGAUUUAAAGAAUAUUGACAUUUCAUCCCAACGAAAUUUUAGUUUUGGUGGAUGGCGGCUGUGCUUUCUGUAUUAGAUGCAUGUCUGAUAAUAUUACAUGUUUAUAUACCCAUUGCUAUAUUAUUAUGAUUAGUCCAUAGUUAGCCUAACCUAGAAUAAUUUUUCCUAACAUAUAACAAUACAUUGCAUGUCCCUAGUACGAACUUUCACUUAUUCUACACUUAAUAUAGUCUUAGAUUUAGCUAUUAGCGAGAUUUUGUUUUUGCAAGUUGUAUUUUUAAGAGUACCCUAGCUUUUUUAUAUUUACUUUUUUUGCUUUGCCUCAUUCCUUUAACAUACAUGAUGAGAUCAUGACAAGUUUUUCAGUAUUUGUUUUACUUUACAAAUUGUUCAAAGGACAUGUUAGAGGAAGAUAUGAUAUCUAAUCCAGUUUGGCUUCCAUUUUUAUUAAUAUACCUAAGAAAAAAUUUGAUGUUUUCCUCUGCUCGUCCUGAAACCAGUAAGUUUUAUUGUGUGGUUGUUGUUGAUGAUGAAAUGUUGCAAAGAUUAGUAAACAUUUUUGGUAAUUUUACACAUUCGUUUUGAGAAACUGCUUUACUGUUUGCCAACAAACUGUUAAUUGUGGUGCACUCGAAAAAACUAAAAAAUUUACAUUUCUAUAAAUUUUCUCAUUAAACUGGAAAAAUUCAUCACGUUAUAUAUGGAAAAUAAAAUUUUGAUUUCAUAUCUGUGAAUUGAAAUAAAAUUCCCGUCGUCUGAACAAAUGUUAAUUAAAAAUUAGCACCCCUUAUGAUGUGAUACAAGCAUACACAUAAGGUGGCGUUUGAUUUAUUAUCUUGAUUUCAUAUAUCUUUCAAUACAAUUGAACCUUAGUUUUUUAUACAUCUUCAAUCUGAAAAUAACUGAAGUAUAGUUCCUACAAAAUAAUGACUCUUUUUGAAAAUUCCAUGAAAAUUCGAAAAUAUUCAAGAACUAAGGUAGCCAUUGUCAAUUAGUUGUCACAAUAAUCAAGAGUGUAUCACAAUUUUCCUUAUUAUUGGUGCCCUGCACGAUCAAGCUUCGCCAGUUAAUGCAUAAUUGCCUUAGCCUUUUCGCCGACAGAAUUUUGAAACUAACACUCUCAUUCACUUGAAUUAUUGUUAUAAGUAUUCUUAAGGCCCGUCAGUUGCCUAUUUGUUUCAGUUCUUACAUAGUUUUUCUUUAAAUUUUAACUAUAUUUUUUUACAUACUCGUGCAUUUUUGUUGAAGUUUUAUUUGUUAUUUGGUAACUGACAAUAGUAGUUAUGUUGUGUGGGUUUUCUUACUCUUUAAGCAGCGACCUACCCUAACACUUAGAUUCGAAGUAGUUGUUUGUUAUCGGUAUAUUUUUAGAGAACAUCCUAUAAAAUUAUCUGAAAUUGAAUCAUCUGAGAAGUUAUUUCUGGUGAAGUGAGCCACAAAUAAAAAUGAAUCUUUGAUCUAACCCUUUUCAAUAUUAUAUAAAUAUUUGUACGAAUAUACUUUGUAUAUAUUUAUAGUGGCUCCAAUUAUUUUUUCAUUUAUCAACAACAAGUUUGUGAUAUUUUUAGUAAUGAUUGUUAUUUAAGUCACAUCACAAAUGCAGACGUUAGGUUUGCGCCCUCUCUAAAGGAAAACAAAAGCAUGCUGGAGAAAAAUCCAGCAAUUGUUUUCCAGCAGUUCUGUUAAACUUUACUCGGAAGUACAAGCAAUUGUAAUGUUGAAUUGACCUGACAAUUGUUUCACUUACCUGGUGAGUUUUAUUCAGUUGCAUAAUAUUGCCAAGAUUUAGGAAAAUAUAAUUCUGAUUCAUUAUUUUCGAAUAUGUUCCUUUGAAACGAGGAUUUUACAUCAAUACAUUUUUUGAAAUAUUAAUUUUCUCAGGGUAAUGUUCAAUAUUGAGUUGCAAUUAAUUCUUGGCAGUAUAUUGCAAGAGGUCACUAAUUAAGGGAAUUCAUUCACAAUAAUCCUGUAAGGAAGGCGAGGUUAUUCAGAAAUAAGGAGAAUAACAACAUGAAAAAUUAAUAGAUUAUUUUUUGAAAAAUAUAAAUAUAAAGUAUAAUAUUGAUAUUUAUGUAAUGAUCAUUAAAUGUAACAUAUUAAGAGUGUAUGCAUGAUAUUUUGAAAAAAACGUAAUCAUGAUAUUGGACAAGUUUCUCCUUAUUGUUGAAUUCACGACAGACAUGUAGAAUAAUUCAUUUGUUUUGACUUGGGGGCCGUCUUGGACAAAAUAUCACAUUGAUUUCUUUAUUAAUGUAAGCGUUGAUAUUAAAAAUGUUUUAUUCUUGUAAAAGUUGUACAAAAAUUACUAUUCAUUUGGGGCCAUGUUAUGGAAAUUUCUACAUGUCUGGCGUUUUGGUUUGAGUGAACAGAUUUGAUAAAGUGUGUGAUUAGUUUUCAUGGAUUGCGCCGACUAUCCUUGCCUUGAAUUAUUUUCUCAAUCAGGUUUUGUGUUUUGGUUUUAUUUAACGUGCCAUAUUUGUGUUGAAUGAUAUUUCAUUCCAAUAUACAUCAAAAUAAUUUUCUUGCUCUUUUCAUUAGUAAAACGAAACUACCUAGGUAUAAUAAAAUAGUCAAACAUUUUGUCAAGUUUAAAUGUUCACGAUAUGUCUCGAAGAUAUAUUGAAUCGAUUGAUAUAUUAUUGUUUAUUGAUUAAAUUUAGGAAUAAACUAAUGAUGUGAUGAUGAUCAGCAGAUCAUAUAAAGAGGCUUUACGCCUCUCAUUUUCUGAGUAUAGUAGAGUUAAUAAACCAAUAUGUCAAAUUUA